AUGGCCCGCAAACUCUCCUUCACUCUGUCUCCUGUCAAAACCGCCUCCAAGCAGGACCUUGCCGGCAAAAUGACGCCAGAAACCAGCCCCUUACCGGCCUCGUCCCACAAACGACACUCUUCCAAAGACACCAUAUGUGACAGCUCGCCCUGGAUCAACCGCCGCGUCCUCGACAGCCAGACCGACCAAGAGCUGCGCGCAGCAUGUCGCCUCAUCCUCAAAAACUUCAAGCCCUCGGACCAUGGCAUGGAGGACACCGACCCAAGGCUCGAUUUCGCCGGCCUGGGCUUCAAGCCUCGCAAAGACAGCAAACCACAAUCCACCCAAGUCAAUGCGCGGGUGCCUGUUGCUGCCCCUCCAGAACCCGCCUCAACUUCGUUCCUGCCACGAUCGCGCAGCACAAAGGUCCGUACCAGGGCAAAAGCAGACAUGGAGAUAAGAGCAAGGCAGAACAUUGAUCUGCCCGCACGAGCAAACAGCAGCCGCAAGCGUGCUGAGCGAGACGCUGAAAAGGACGAAAGACUACGCAACUUUGGCAAAGCUUCCAUGGACGUACCCAGGCCCGCCAUAUCCUGCAUCUCCAAUGAAGACAUUACUCUUCCCGUCACCGUUACAUCCACUCUAGCAGCCUCCAAGAAUUCUGCCUCUCACAACUUUGACGACCCUGUUGCUGCUGCAGAUGCCCAGGCAUCCGAGUGGAUGCGUCUAGAAAUGGACAAGAAGCGCCAACAAGAUACGGCAGAUCGCCAGCGCCGACCCUCGACGUCGGUCCGCCCGCCAAGUCGCGCCACGAGUAUCAAGGAAAGCGUCAUCGAAUACGUUUUCCCCGGAUCUCGAAGUCGUGCCCUCAGCCGCGCACAAUCCAAGGAAUCCCUCCGUUCGCCAGCCGAUAGUAAUGACACUGGCCUUUCUCGCAAUGGCUCAAAUGCGACUUGGCGAAGUUGGGGUCUGCGCCGUAUGAAAAGUACGAGAAGUGAAAAUAGGUCAGGGUCUUCCCAUGGCCAGGGAGACGACGGUGCACAGCCUAGAAAAUCAGAGUCGAAUGCUGUCAACCUCAACAGAGAGCUCCCACCAUUGCCCAGUCUGGACAGCUGGAAGGAACCUGAAAAGCCCAAGCAAGAAGUGGCAUCUCCCAAAUCGCCCACAGCCGAGACACAUAUUGCAAGUCUUAUGCGUCCACAGGAACAGCAUCCAGAACGCUCACCUGCUGCACGGAAACAACACAGGAGGAGUGGAUCAGAUACUUUGGCCAUGCAAUACACCGCUGCCUUCCCCGCUCGCAAAUCCUCCCGCCGACAGGGCACGCAGCCAACUUCCCAAACACCAACAAGUGCCGCCGUCCCAGCCAGCGCAGUAUCAGCCAGCCCUAAACUGACCGAAAAAUUCGCAACAAACGCGUCCUCAUCAACCACCAACGUUGACCAGCAGCACACCAGAACCGCUUCGAGCUCGCAAACUCGCCCCCGCAGCGGCGAAAGCAACACGACGGCCCAAGCCUCCAACUUUUCCCACCGCAUGAGCAUCGACUCUCCUGCCGUCCUCAAAACCAUCUCCCACGAGCCCAAGGCCCCCGCCAAAGAAGAACAGAAAUCAAAGCUCAAGAAGAUCUUCAGUGGCUGGAUCCAUAAAAAAGAUAAAAAGGACGAUUGGAUGCACAAGAUGGAAAAGGAGGGCAUCAAGGAAGGUGUCUUGGUUAAGGACAGUAAUGAUGCUCUCUCUGCUCCUGUCGUUCGGUAUUAA